CGUCUUUGGUGUCCGCGAAGAGCGGACGUUCGCGAGAAGCGGUUGCGGUGAUCAUACAAAAAAAUAUACGAUGAAAAAAAUGUAGUUAAGAGUUUUGCGUUAAAACAAACAAAAAAAAAACGAAAGGUUUUCUGUAAAAGUGUCAACGUGCGUAUGACAUGGAAACUUUUUGUGCAAAUUCGGCUCGUUCCAAAUACAGGCCGGCUUUAGCAAAUGGAACAUUUUAUCAUCCGAGUUAUAAUACAAAUUUUAGACAGAAUGAGUACAACUUGGGUUUAUCAUCACGACAUUCAACUCUUUUGUGGCGGGAGCAACCCCAACCUAGUAGUAAUAAACCAAAAGGAGGAGGUAGAACGUGUUCGAUUGCGUUGGCAGCAGCCUCUCUUGUAGUUUUAGUGGCUGUGGUUUCAAUAGCUGGAUUAGCUUUAUAUAUGGGAACGUUGAGAGGAGAACCAACAAACCCGUUGCUGAUGUUUAGUUGCAGCGUAAAGGUUUUACGCGGAGAUCGAUUCGUUGGUAAUUUACCGGAGAAAGCGCGUAGAUACAAAAAUCAAUUAGAAAUAUUAUACCAAAGGACGCCGUUAAGCGCUGCAAUCGUUGGUUGUAAUGUUGAAAAAUUCGGUAACGAUACCCAAACUAUUUAUUAUAAAGUAACGUUGAAUAAAAGAAAAAUUCCUAGAACGAUAACGAACAUAGAAAAAAUUUUAAGGGACGCCCUAGUAAGCGAUGCUUUAUCGAAAAAACCAAUUUUCAAAAACAUUCGUUUCGACUCACGAAGUAUUUCAAUUAAAUUAAUAAAAGAACAAAAUUUAUACCAAAGAUCUUCUAAACCAAAACCCAUCGAAAUUUUAAAACCCGAUAACUCAAAACCAUUAGAAAAUUUAAAACCAACAACAAAAUUACGAAUAGAGAAACCAAUAAAAGAUAGCAUAACCAUCCCAACAAAAAGGCCGGAAAUACAAGAAGUUAACGUCGAAGAGGAAAAUCUACCAGUUAUCCAAGGAUCGUUUCAAAUUAGCAAAACCGAGGCGGAUAUCGCCGUUAAUAAGAAACCAGAGCAACAACAAAGCGUUAAAAAGGGUAAUUUAAAGGAAACUGCCGUUACCAGUUCUUAUUAUAAAAUCGCUUCGGUUGAUCAAGUCUCCAAACCAACCGUUAAAGUCCCAACUGAAACAACGAAAAAAUUCGAUUUUAUUCCACCUGAAAUCAAUGACCAACCGUGGAUACCAAUCGUUUCAAAAGAAAAAUCACCUACUUACACCAGCUUCACAAAUCCUGGUUUAACUUACAACGUAAAUCCUUUAAACAUUCUUUCAUCCGCGCAUCCAAUCCCGCUUAAUAAAUUAUCACAGGAAAAUUUAACAUCCACAACGCUAAAACCACUAAACAUUAUAACCGAAGAAAUUAUUUCAACAUCCGUAACAACCGAAAGUUUUGGCCAAGGUCAAGUAGAGGUCGUUGACGCUGAAGAUUUAAUUCCAUCGUUUUCCUCAACGACAAAACAACCUCUCGUUACGCUAAUGCCCGUUAAAUCUAAUUCGGGAAUUGGACGACCAUUAAGAAGACGCCCAAUUGAUGUCGAAGAAAGAAGCUUUUUUAAAGAAACUUCCACGGCUAAAAUAAACAAUAACGAUAUUAAAAUAAUGGGGAUGUUAAAUUUUGAACACGAUGAACAUCAAAAUGAGAGCAAAGGUUUGAUCAGAAACCAAAAGAUGAGUGUCCCGGAUAUUGAUGAUGCUGAAAUUGAAAGAAUUAUCGCCGGAGAAAAUACCAGCGUUUCCGUUGAUGUCAUAAGAGAGUAUUUAACACCGAGCGAAUUAAAAAAAUUAUCAGAAAUUAGUCGGCUAUCUCAAAAUGAAUCAGAUAUAACCAGCAAUAGUAAAGCUGUAAGAAAUAGUUACACAAUUAAUCGGGAUGGGUUCGAAGUUUUAACCAAAAAUUUUAACAAAAUGGAUAAAGAAAGUAGCGAAAAGAAUUUAUUUCCCAUCCCACUUAACACAACAGAAUGCACAGAAAACACCGUUAAAUGUGAUAACGGACAAUGUUUACCAAAUACAGCAAGAUGUAAUCAAUUAAUCGACUGUGAAAACGGAAAGGACGAAGAAAAUUGUACUUGCGCCGAUUAUUUAAGAUCGCAGCUUUUAAAGGGGAAAAUUUGUGAUGGCAUAGUUGAUUGUUGGGAUUAUUCCGAUGAAAAUGAAUGCGAAUGGUGUAAACCAGGAAAUUACGUCUGUGCAAAUUCAAAAAAAUGUAUCGAAAAAUCAAAAAUAUGUGAUGGUGUUAAUGAUUGCCCAUUGGGCGAUGAUGAAAGACGUUGCGUUACAAUAUCGGAAAAAAUCGAAGAAGCCGACGAAUUUUCGUACAACGAAAGUGGUUAUUUAUUGGUUCGUAAAUACGGGGAUUGGUUUAAAUUGUGUUUGGAUGAAAAUAAAACGUCUGAAUCGGGUUUGAAUGAUUUGGCCCAAUCUGUUUGUAAUGCUAUAUCUUACCAGACUUUAGAAGAAACUGAAAUUAUUCAUGAAAAUAAUUUAGACACUAAAUAUUUUACGAUCGAAAAAGGUUUUCAAAAAGAAACUUUUAAUAGUAGCAUUAUUUUCACAGAAACUAAUUGCACCACGAAAGAUGUUCUUAAGAUUAAAUGCGGCCACUUAGAAUGCGGUACGCGUCCCCAAGUAGGGCGAGUAGCCAGAAUCGUAGGAGGUAUUAAUGCUGGUUUAGGAGCUUGGCCUUGGCAGGCAGCUUUGUACAAAGAAGGAGAAUUCCAAUGCGGAGCUACUUUGCUUUCAGAGAAAUGGCUUAUUUCAGCUGGACAUUGCUUUUAUCGAACCAUGGAUGAGCAUUGGGUGGCUCGUUUAGGUACUUUAAGACGCGGAGCUACUUUAACAUCACCUUACGAGCAACUUAGACACAUCGUCAAAAUCAUUUUACAUCCUGAUUAUAUCGAUGCAGGAUUUGUGAAUGAUGUGUCUUUGUUGAAAAUGGAAUUUUCAGUCAGUUUUAGUGAUUAUGUCAGACCUAUUUGUUUACCAAAAGAAAAUUCACCAAUUUCUGAUGGCACUAUGUGCACCGUUAUUGGUUGGGGGCAAUUAUUUGAAACUGGGAGAAUUUUUCCUGAUACAUUACAAGAAGUUCAAAUACCAAUAAUAUCAACUGAAGAAUGUCGAAAACGCACCGUGUUUUUGCCAUUAUAUAGAAUAACUGAUAAUAUGUUUUGUGCUGGGUUUGAUCGUGGGGGGAGAGAUGCCUGUUUGGGUGAUUCCGGGGGUGGAUUAAUGUGUCCAGAAGAAGAUGGUCGUUGGACUUUACAAGGAGUUACAAGUAACGGUUAUGGUUGCGCAAGAAAAGAUCGUCCCGGAGUUUACACGAAAGUCUCAAAAUACAUCAAAUGGAUAUUUUCGCAUUUAAACGAAAGUAAUGAAACGAUUUCGUCGAGUAAAUCAAUUUGUAAUGGGCACAGAUGUCCGCUGGGCGAUUGUUUGCCAACGAAUCGACUUUGUAAUGGUUAUAUUGAGUGCAGCGAUGGCAGUGAUGAGAUGGAAUGCUCCAAAAGAGCGGGGUUGUAAUUUCUUUUUUCGUAUUACCAGAAAUAAGCGAGUUAAGCAAUCUUAAAUGUUGGUGAUAUUUAGAUUAAGAUUAAAAAGAAUCGAUGAUAAUAUAUUAAUUUAAUUAUU